AUGGGACCUAUAAGCAGCUCGCGAUACGAGCGCCAUCAACCCGCAAUGCAUGUCUCGGAUAUAAUCCAGGGCCCGUUCAUCUGGACCAAGGAUACUCCUAACCUUAUGUCAGUCUGUAUCAGCGUAUGUGUGCCCUUUCUGACCAUAGUGAGCUUGAGAGUCUUGCGAAUGCUGCCUGAGGCCUUCGUAUUCUCUGUUCCCUAG